UAAAGGGAGAUGGGGGUGAGCAGUUAAGGAACCGCGAGACCGCCAGGUAGAGAGCUGCCCUUAAUGAGGGAACCUGGAGAAGAGUGUGAGCGUAGUGGGGAAGAAGGGAGAAGACAAAUAGGUUCGGGAAUGUGUCUCCGAGGGCGCGAGCGGGCGCUAGGACCCGGCGUCGAAAAGAUGCGGCUUUCGGGCUGUCGGGGCGCGCGCUCCCGUUGGUGACGCGGGGGUGGCGGAGGUCUCCGGCCGGGACGAAGCCCCGCAGGGAGUGGAUACUCGACAGCCUUCGGCCUCCGCCCGCUUCUCCCUGCGCGCUUUCCUGCUCCCCUUUCCGGCUACAGCCCUGGGGUCGAACUCUGGUCGAAGCGCAUUCCGCCUCUCCUUUGGCCCUACGGCUUCGUUUGCAACCCGCCGCCCACCCUUGCUCUCCGUGGUUUACCCCUGGGCUCUGAGGCCUGGUGGUAGCGGCCACUGCCGCGGAUUGGCUGUUGCGGACCCGGGGCGGGGCAGGUGGGAGAGGCUCGUUCUCCGCGGGUUUCGUUGUGUUUCGCGCCAUGUCGUUUGCUGAGAGCGGGUGGCGGUCGGCUCUGCGGCGCCGCGGUCCCGGCACCCCGGGCCCUGUGGCUCGGCCAUCGUAUUCCUCCUUUACUCAGGGGGACAGCUGGGGUGAAGGCGAAGUCGACGAGGAGGAGGGAUGCGACCAAGUGGCCCGCGACCUGCGGGCGGAGUUCUCGGCUGGGGCGUGGUCAGAGCCCAGAAAGCGCUCGGUGCUCCCGCCGGACGGGGACGGGUCGCCCGUUCUGCCCGAUAAGCGCAAUGGUAUCUUUCUCGCGGCCGCGGGCAGCAGAGCCCAGCCUCGGCGGUGGCCGGUCCAGGUCCUCUCUAUUCUCUGCUCGCUGCUCUUCGCCAUCCUUCUCGCCUUCCUCCUCGCCAUCGCCUACUUGAUCGUUAAAGAGUUGCAUGCUGAGAAUUUGAAAAAUGAAGAUGAUGUAGACACUGGACUAUUAGGAUUCUGGACUCUACUUAUAAUAUCCCUAACUGCUGGAUUCUCCUGUUGCAGCUUUUCUUGGACAGUGACUUACUUUGAUUCUUUUGAACCAGGAAUGUUUCCUCCUACUCCUCUUUCACCUGCCAGGUUCAAGAAACUGACUGGACAUUCUUUCCACAUGGGCUAUAGCAUGGCGAUUUUGAAUGGCAUCGUAGCUGCUCUUACUGUAGCAUGGUGCCUCAUGUAAACCCACACUGGAGCGAUAUUGUUGGCAAAACUUAAUCAUGAUUGUUUUGUAAUAACAAGAAGGAGCAUCACUGUCUACUCAGAAGACUGAGAAACCUGCUGUUCAUUAUGUAGUUCAGAUAUUUAUCACAAUCAUCCUCAUUAUGGAAGACCUUUUAAAGCAUUGUUUUAGAAUGUCUGAGUAUUAAGAUACAGAUUAAUUGGGAAUAUCUGAGUAUUAAGUUUUAAGUACUUUCUUCAGAGUAUAAGAUGUUUACCUCAUCUUUUUACUUUUGUGUGUGUAGUUCUUUCAAGUUGUAGGAAACAUUUUAAUGGAAUUUAAACUCAAAAACUUGAAUACAGGACAAUGCUUGCCUUUUCAUGUAUGUACUACAUUUUUUGCUAAGAAAUACUGAUAUUUCUGUUUAGUUGAGCUAGAAAUACUUCUUAUUUAUACAUUUAGGAAAGCAAAUAAUGCCUACUACUCCGACUUUUAUAGAAGCUACUUUUAAAUCAGAAUAUUUAAUUUUUGAUAUUCAUAUAAUUAAUAGAAGUUGCAUUUAUAUUUUUUAUGGGGCAUAGUUCCUUAUGUGUUUUUUAAUGUAUUUUCAUACUACAUAUUGAAUUUGUAUGUUUUUAAAAUUAUUACAUCUAGACAACUGUAAACAUUAUUUUUUUUAGCUAGUGCAAACCUAGUACCUGCCAUUUUUACUAAUUUUUUUCUUUAAAAAAAGCAAAAAAGCACAUUGACCUAAGUUUAAAAUUAAGUAAGUUUAUUUUUAACAAAAAAUGCCUGAAAAAAGCUAAAUUAUUUAAGUCAUUAAGAUAUUGAGAAAAAAUUUGAAAUUUUUACUAUUUCUAUUUCCACAAUUCCAAAUAUUUAUCUUGGUGUAUAUAUUGUUACUUUAACAGAACUUGCAUUAUUUUGUUUUUAAUAAAUAUAAACAUGAAA